GGUGGUCGCUCUCUUGUUUCUUUCUGCAGAGAGAUAAAAUUUUGCAAUUUGUGCGAAGCUUUACCGCGAUGACGUCACCGUACACGGUUUAUUUAUAAGAUAGCCGACGACGUUCUCCGAUUCGUACUUCGAACUUGUGUUCGUGCACCUGCACGUCGCAAAAAACCGCAAGCCACAUCGCGUAUUCCACAGUUUCGCGUCGUCCUCGAGGAAAGUACGUGAAUCUAUAAAUAGAGCCUGAGCCGACAAACAAAGUACCGCUGCAAAGUUUGUUUCGACGUUCAGCGUUAAAAUUGUCGCUAUUAAAAACAAGAUAUUUGCGUAUAAACGAAAAGAAACUAAGAAAUAAACAUGAGUUUACAGUGGACACUCAUUGCUGGUUUUCUGUAUAUUGAAGUUGCUAUAGUUCUUCUUCUGGUAUUACCAGUAGCUUCGCCAACUAGAUGGCAAAAGCUCUUUAAAUCUCGUUUCUUGCAAAGUCUAAGCAACCAAGCCUCCGUUUAUUUUGUGAUUCUACUUGGCAUCUUGGUUCUCUUUCUACUGGAUGCUAUUCGAGAAAUGCGAAAAUAUUCCAAAAAUGGAGAUCACACAGAGCAUCAUCAAUUAAAUUUAGAAAUGCAAGAAAACAUGCGGCUGUUCCGUGCACAGAGAAACUUCUACAUAUCUGGCUUUGCGCUAUUUUUGAGUUUGGUGAUACGGCGUCUUGUUAUUUUGAUAUCCACUCAAGCUACAUUACUUGCGCAAAAUGAAGCAGCCAUGCGACAAGCUCAAUCUGCAACAACCACAGCUAGGAGCUUACUGUCCCAGAGGACAAUUGGGGAAAGUGCACAGAAUGAUUCUAAUGAAGCACAUGACAAACAAGUUUCAGAAUUGAAAAAUCAGAUUAAAGAAUUGCAAGUUAAAAAUUUGGAACUCGAGAAUAAUUUAACUAAAGAAAAAGAUAAAGAAGCGGUAAAAUCGCAGGCAGAUUCAGUUGCAAAAGAAUACGAUCGUUUGUCUCGCGAACACGCAAAACUUACGCAGUCGAGUAGCGAUAAGAAAAGCGAUUGAAUGUUUUUUGAAGAUUUGUUCUGAAAUCUUUUUUUUUAUUUUUACUUUAUUGUUUUAUUUUUACUUUAUUGUUUUGCUCACAGUCGCAGCUCUAAGUCUUAAGACAUUGUUAUGUUGUAUUGAAUUUUGUGUUGCAUAAUUUUUGAACAAGAACCACAUUUCACGAGUUACAAUUAAAAUAUAUUUAUAAGUUUCGUUAAAAGGUUGUAUAUAAAAAUAUUAAUGUAAUGUGCCUCAUAAUACACAUUAUAUAUCCUUUUU